AUGUUGGGCCCAGAUGUUGCUUCCAGUAAACCAACAUGCCGUCUCGAGCUCAAAUCAUACUCCGAGAACCAGGACUAUCUGGCAGAAGGGAAGACGGAGCCCCAUAGUCGCUCGCAGACUUUAAUCUACCACGUUGAAGACAACAUAUGGUGGGUAAAAGUGACUCUGCUGGGUACCAUCUCUGGCCUCGGAAAUCUCGAAAAGCAACCUGCUUCAAAGCGGGAGCGACGUGAGGUAUUCCAAAGCUUCAUUAAACGAAUUCACUACAAAUCACUGCCUCUCUUCGCCGACACCGUGACCGAGAUUAUACUGGGAGAAUGUGCAGAAACGACGGACCUACAAGUCGAGUUCAUAUUAGAUGAAACCACUAAAUCGGCCAAAAAGACGGGCCCACCCUUAAGAUGCAGGUUCCCCUCUUUUCAGAAAAUCAACAACGAUGAAUUAACAGGAGUUACGGAAAUCAAAGAUGGAGUGUUCUGGGUAAACAACAACGGGAUGCGAUAUGUUCCCAAGAUCGUAAACCGUCCUUUUUACCAACCUCGCGACACGGAAGUCAUUCGAAGGGAGCAGGAGAACCUCAAGGAAUUUACGGGUGUGCCAAAUAUUGUGCAGGCAACGGGGGUUGCAGUAUCUACAAACCCCUACAAGACUUCAAGGGGGAGCGAUGGCCCACUAUUCAUAACUGGGAUUCUACUCGAGGCCUAUGCCGGAGGGUCGUUGCAGCAAGUGCUCAACGAGCACCGUCUUGCUGAGUAUCCUUGGAAGCAGUGGGCCGGAAAUGCAGUGCUGAUCGACAUCAGUGGCAUUGGCGGGAUCACCCAUGAAUGGUGUGCACCGGAAAUCCGAAAUGAGAUAUCUCCCUUUGAUCUUCCAUUUGAGCAGCGCUGGCUAAAUGAUGUUUGGGCCUAUGGAAAACUUCUAUCUGCGAUCGCAUCCCAAGCAGGAGAUGGCUCAUAUGCCAAAGCUCUGAGCCAGGUUGCGGACUGUUUAAUGAGCGAUUUCGAGACACGCAUGAGUUUAUUAAGUGCAAUCUCGCGUCUCGAAGAGGCCGUGGAUUAG